AUGUCUUUGUUUAACCAAGAAGAGUUAGCAAUGAUUGCAAUAGCGCUAGAUGAAGAAGAAGCAGACGACCAAGAAGACCAUCAGCAGGCAAUAAAACGUAUUUGGGUAUGUGAGCUAAUCUACUUUUCACUUGCUACUACAAAAGCUACAAGAUGGUUUGAGAAAAAAAGAUACUGGAGACAAUCUAUAUCGCCAAUGGAAAGACUCGCUGUUACGUUAAGAUUCCCAACAGGAGAUUCAUUUAAAACAAUUGCGUUCAGCUAUCGAAUGGGGUUUAGUACUGUGCAAGAAAUUGUAACGAAAACUUGUAAAUGUAUAGUUGACACAAUGAUGAGUGAAAUGCUACCUAGGCCAACAUAUGAGACGUGGAAAUCAAUAGCGGACGACUUCAAUACACUUUGGAAUUUUCCAAAUCGCAUCGGAGCUCUUGAUGGAAAACAUUUUAACAUCCAGUCACCGCCUAACAGUGGAUCACUAUACUUCAACUAUAAAAAAACAUUCUCAGUUGUGCUUAUGGCUUUAGUUGAUGCCAAUUAUAAUUUUACAAUUGUCAAUGUUGGUUCUUAUGGAAAGAAUAGUGAUGGAGGAAUUUUUGCUAACUCUAAUCUGGGAAAAGAACUUCAAAGAAAAAACUUGUCUUUGCCUGAAGUUUCGAUCUACCAGGCAGUUCAACAACAGCUCUUUAUGUUCUUGUAG